AUGCCUCCGAAAAAGAGACAAGCUGUACCUAAACGCAAACGGGGCACGGCUAAUGAAGGGAUAUCGAGUGCCCCAAUGGAGAAUGUUACGGAGGUUAAUGUUACGGAGGAUGUCUUGCCGUGCCAAACCGAUCCCGAAGCCAUUGCCGACACCGAAAAUGUGCCAUUGGUAAGGAGAGAGCCUUUCCUCGUAAUCGGGCACCUCGAGGACAAUCUUUUUAAUAAACUACGAGCCGAGAAGGUCCGACCUCCCCGAUAUAUUGACUAUGAAUAUUUUGGAGCCACAUAUGGUGGGGAAUUCAUGAAAAAACGGUCGAUCACGUCACGUGAGUUAGUCCAAGCGGAUCUCGCCAUUAGCCGCUACGAGGUCAAACCACAUCAUACCCGAAAAUGUGUUGAAGCUUAUAUCGAACGAGUGAAAGUCUACAAAAAGGGCAAAGCCGCUACAAGCGCCGAACGCAUUGAUCGAGAAGUGCUCCUCCCCUCCGAACCUCAACAAGGAACCGAGCCACAAGAGCCGAACCCCGACCAACCGACCGAUGUCCCCGAAGGCCAACCCAACUUCGAUGAGAUACACCAACCGAUGGAGCAACCCGACACUUCCUCUACUCCUCAAUGCCCCCAACUUCUGACCGAGCCCUCUGCGACCACCGCCUACGAGGCAAACCCAUAUGCGGAAAUUGCGACGGGAUGUAGACGAAUCGAUAAAAUUGUGGAAAGGGCAUGGGAAUUUUUGAAGCUUUUCCGAAAUAAUUCGUGGAAGUGG